AUGGAGGCAACCACAGCAGUGGUCAUCGAGGCUAUCCGAGUGAGUUACAAACAAGAGUUAUGACAAUUUAGUUAUGGUUCUAAAGUAUCCCUUUAGGGCACGUAUCUAUGGGCGCUGAUCUUGGGUAUCUGUCUUUCCUUUCUCCUCGGCUUUGGCAUGGGUGCCAAUGAUGUGGCCAAUGCUUUCGGCACUUCCGUGGGGUCAAAAACCUUAUCCCUCAGACAAGCUUAUAUUUUGGCCACCAUUUUUGAGACUUUGGGAUCCAUCUUAGUAGGUUACAAGGUUACCGAUGCUUUGAGGAAAGAGAUCGUGGAGGUGAAUAUCUAUAAGGAUGAUGUGACCGCUCUCUUUUUUGGUCAAAUAGCCAUUCUUGGUGGAGGAGCCGCAUGGCUAAUCAUUGCAACCGUCUUAAAAGCCCCAGUAUCUACAACUCAUAGUGUUGUUGGGGCCACUUUGGGAUUCACGUUGGUCAUGAAAGGGAUGCAAGGGAUUCAUUGGAGCAAAGUCGGAUCAAUUGGUAAGAGCAAAGUAUAGGAUAAUAUUAUUGGCAGCUAUGUCAUGGAUAAUUUCCCCUUGUCUUUCCGGCAUAAUUUCCAGUCUGCUGUAUAUCCUGAUCGAUCAUACAGUCCUCCGAAGAGUAAGUCUUUUUUUAUCGCACAGUUCUCUUCAGAAGGACCCAGUAAAAUGUGGCCUGAGGGCAUUGCCCGUCUUUUACUUUGUUUGCAUCGCUUUCAAUGUAUUUGCUGUUCUUUUAGAUGGAUCUUACUGUAAGUUAACCAUUGAAGUUCUCACGUUAAAGUGUUAAAUUUAGAGCAUUUGCAAUGGUAUAUAACAUUAUCCGUGAGUCUGGCUCUCGGAUUACUCUCUGGGCUUGUUUUUCAUUUCUUUUUAUCUUCCCGACUCCUGAAUUGGAUUAAUAAAACCGAAGAGAAAAAGAUAAACGCUCAGAUGGUAAAUCCAGCUAUGAUUGGUGAGAGGAGUACAGUAAAAUGCAAAUUAAAAAAAGUUUAGCUGAAGGAUUAUCAACUGAUGUUCUAGAAAGGGAACCUGAAAAAAAGAAUAAAAAACAAAAACUGAAGCCGAGUAAGUUAUUACUGUAGAAAUAAAAAACACUUUUUAGCUCUCCGCGGUUUUGUCUUCUGGUUUUUCCCGUACCAAAAACAAGAAGAAGAUCCUCGAACCCUGAGGCUAUUCAGCGCCAUUCAGGUAUUCACCGCUUGCUUUGCUGGUUUUGCCCAUGGAGCCAACGAUGUGAGCAAUUCGAUUGCUCCUUUAGCUGCUCUUAUCGCAAUCUAUGACAAACAGAAUGAAGAGUUGGCCAUGUCGUCUCCCACUCCUCUGUAUGUCAUUUGUUUCGGGAUCGUAUCAACUUGUAUUGGUCUCUGGGUUCUCGGGCAUUUUGUUAUAAGGACAGUCGGCCAGGAAAUGUCUCAGAUCAACCCUGCGAGGUAAGUCUUUUAAUUGGGUCUAUGUUUUCUGCAUAGAAAUAAAAAUGCUUUUUCUUAGAAAACUUAUUUUUAGAAAAAAUGAUUUUUUUCAUAGAAAAAAAGAUUUUUAUUUUAGAAAAGAAUGGUUUUUCCUUAGAAAGUGCAAUUUUUAGUAAACUUGUGUAUAAUAAUAGCAAAAAUUAAUUUUAAACAGUAACUAGUAGUAAAUUUUGUUAAGUAAUGGGGUAAAAUAGUAAGAGUAGUAACUUUUUGAGUGAAUAUUUGGUACUGGGAUAUUCGAUGGUUCUGAUUUCGAAAACAGAGCUUGUUUUUUGUGAUUUUGACUUUUUUCUUAAGUAGUACUGUAAAUUAGUAACAAUUUGUAUUGUUUAUACCUCAAUGUCGAUUGAAAUCGAUUUCUUGCUCAUACUUGGGUUUACCCUUAUAUAACUUCAAACAAAUUCUGACGAACCAGAAGGAAUACUCAAUUAAAAAAUUAAAAAAUUAAUCAAAAAAUUCAAAAUUGAUACUCACUUACAGUACUACUUUAGAAAAAAAUCAAAAUCACAGAAAACGAACUGUGUUUUCGAAAUCAGCACCAUCGAAUACCCUAGUCCCCAAUAUCCACUCAAAAAGUUACUACUCUUACUAUUUUACCCCAUUACUUAACAAAGUUUACUACUAGUUACUGUUUAAAAUCAAUUUUUGUUAUUAUUAUACACAAAUUUACUAAAAGUUGCACUUUCUAAAGAAAAACCAUUCUUUUCUAAAAUAAAAAUGUUUUUUUCUAUGAAAAAAAUCAUUUUUUCUAAAAAUAAGUUUUCUAACAAGGAAAGUACUUCUAUGGGGUGUGGAGUUACAGGUCGAGAUAUAUAUCAAAAAAUUCGCAAAAAUUUUCUGAUUCGGAAUAUAUAAAAAUUAGCUGCCUAAUUUUGGUCUAUCAACGAGUUUUAUCAAUAAAUGUAUUUCUCGAGGAAAAAAAUCUGCGGCAACAAAAGCGCGCUCGGUCUCUUCCUUCGGAAGAGAGCUGUGUGGCCGAGUGGUUAGAGCGCUAGAUUGGGAAUCCGAAGGGAACGGGUUCGAUUCGUUUUGUCACACUUGAACCCAUUUUUUACAUUGGAACUACUUCUAAGGUGUAGUUGUAAUCUAAUUUGAUAUUUUAAGGCUUGUCAAGGCCUCAGAAUUUAUUUUACCACAAAAUAAAAAUUUUUUAUUGGUAAAAACACGGUCAAAAAGACACUUGCAUGGUGUCGCGAGAAAACUUCGGAGGACAAAAACAUGUCAUCAGACCAAAAUUAGGCAGCUAAUUUUUAUAUAUUCUGAAUCAGAAAAUUUUUGCGAUUUUUUUGAUAUAUAUCUCGACCUGUAACUCCACACCCCAUAGAAGUACUUUCCUUGUAAGAAAAAGCAAUUUUAUUUCUAUGCGAAAAACAUUUUCCCCUUUUAAUUAAUGCAGUUACUGUAUCUUUAGUGGAUUUUGUAUUGAAUUUGGAGCAGCGACGACCACCUUACUGGCCUCCAAACUUGGUCUCCCAAUAUCGACCACGCAUUGUCUGGUCGGUUCUGUCGUUUCGGUGGGAACGGUCAAAGCGAGAAAGAACGUUGAUUGGGCCAUCUUCAAAAAUGUAGCCCUUUCUUGGGUGAUCACCCUUCCAGCGUCCGCGUUGAUAUCUGCUGGAAUUAUGUAUUUAAUUCAAAUAACUGUGCUUGAACCGUCAAAGUAG